UCUCCAUGUAACAAGUGUUAUCAUAUGUAUAAGGCAGACGCUAUAAAUAACCUUGCGUCCGACUUAAAUUCAGGUCACCAAAUAGGACCAUGUAGUUUGGUUUUCCCAUAAAUACACUAUAGUAUAUGUAACGCACGCGUUUUUUCACAAGGAAUACAGACAUAACACUACCAUAGGCUGAUACAUAUCACAAGGAAUAACACCCUGUCUGUCUGUGAUGUUUGAGUAAUAGCAUGACGCCGAACGUAUGGCAGUCCAUAUGCGAACAUAUCAUCCGUGAUUUAAUUCAUUCGUGACGCAGUGACUGGCAUGACUAUGACCGAAAACAGAUUGGAGAAGUCGACUAAACCACUGUUCGUCAAUGGAGAGCUUCUGUGUGUUAUGUGUAAAAAUGCGUCGAUUGAUAUGUGGCGACUCAUAUGUGGUCAUAUCAUCUGUGAUAAGUGCAAAAUAACUCUAUUUCAAAAAAGUGGUGAUACAAUUUGCAAAUACAAAGAUUGCAAUACUCAAAUUAAUUGCAAGACACAGGUUUUCCAGGAUAAGGAACUGGUGAGAAACAUUGAACAGCAAAUGGUGUACUGCAGUUUCAAGCAUCUAGGAUGUGAUGCAGUUAUCAAUUGGAAAGAUAUGGAGAGCCACAUGAUGCGCUGUGAGGGUAUUUGUGAGAAGUGCAAUACGCUUAUGAAACGGAUGGAUAUGGAUAGUCAUAUAUGUCGAAUGAAAGCUACCGAAGAGUUAUCCGAAAACCACAGAGAUUCAGUUCUACUAAUUAGUGACCAUGCUUCGCAGAGAGUAUCACAAACUGAUGAAUACCACAAGGCAAUCAAACAAAAUCGGGAAAAGACCUGUGAUGCUUGUGCGGAAAUUCAUGAACACAACAAGCAAUUACAAGGCAUCAUCGAAGAAGCAACCGGAACAAAUUCAAAAUCAAUAUCUGAUAUGAAUAUACGGUUAUCUGAGAUUGAUCUUCGUCUGCAAAUAUUAGAAUCCGCAAAAUCCCGAAGGAAUGUUGAGGUGGAAAAUCAGGACCUAUAGGCAAUUAAUGCAGAAUGUAAAAAGCGGCAAAACGUGUCUUUUGAGUAAGCCAUUUUACACAAGUCGUUCAGGAUACAAGUUGUGCGGGCGUAUUCAUC